AUGAAAAACAUAAUGAGUAGGGAGAGGGAAGUCGGGGAAUAGUGGUUGUGUUUAGAACCCUAAUAUCGAAGGCUUCAGGGUUUUCUCGUUAGUGGCCGGGAAACAUGGACGCCAUUAGGAAGCAGCUGGACGUGUUGAUGGGAGCUAAUCGAAACGGAGAUGUAAGAGAGAUUAAUCGUAAGUACUAUGAUCGGGACGUCUGCCGUCUAUACUUGGUCGGACUCUGUCCUCACGAACUCUUCCAGCUAACGAAAAUGGACAUGGGCCCGUGUCCGAAGGUGCAUUCUCUGCAGUUGAGAAAGGAAUAUGGAGAAGCAAAAGCAAAAGGCAUUGAUAAUUAUGACAGAGAGUUAGAGGAUGUUAUAGAUAAACUCAUUGGUGAGUGUGAUAGGAAAAUCGGUAGGGCUUUGAAGCGCCUUGAGGAUGAGGAUGCAAAAGCUGCAGUUGCAAUUUCAGUCUCUGAUGUUACUCAGACGCCUGAGGUACUUGAAUUGUCAAAACAAAUCAAAGAGAAGUUAAAAGAAGCUGAUGAUUAUGAUCUUGAAGGCAAGACAGAUCUCAAGAUUCGAGCUCUAGAGGUUGUAGAAGAACUUAGAACGAAAAGAGCAGACAAACAGGCCAUGCUUCUUCUGGAUGCUUUUAACAAAGAUAGGGCAUCAUUACCUCAACCUCUCUCGAACCCGCCUCCACUGGCGCCCAUUCCUGUUGUCACUCCUGAUCCUCGCACACAGGAGAUGAUAAAUGAGAAGUUGAAGAAGGCGGAGGAUCUUGGUGAACAAGGAAUGGUUGAUGAGGCACAGAAAGCAUUGGAAGAGGCUGAAGCGCUUAAGAAGCUUCCUGCUAGGCAGGAGCCAGUAUUGGAUGCUUCAAAAUAUACUGCAGCAGAUGUGCGAAUUACUGAUCAGAAGCUACGUGUUUGCAACAUUUGUGGGGCUUUUUUGAGUGUGUAUGACAGUGAUCGCCGUUUAGCUGAUCAUUUCGGAGGAAAACUUCAUUUGGGAUAUAUGCAGAUUCGUGAGAAGUUGGCAGAACUUCAAGAGGAAAGGAACAAGGCCCGCAAGAUUGACCGGUACGAUGACAGGAGUAGGGACCGUGACAGGGAGCCAAGCAGGGAUAGGGAGCGUGGGGAUAGUCGUGAGAGGGGGAGAGACCAUGACCGCAGGAGCAGAGAUCGUGAUAGAUAUUAUGACCGCGAUCGUGGAUAUGAUAGGGAUCGAGAUAGAGACUCUAGUCGUUCCCGCUCUUACGAGUCAAGAAGCCGCCGGAGGUCACGCUCACGAUCAAGAGACCAUGAUCGGCACAGGCGCUAUGAUCGGUACUAGCAAGACUUGGCAUGAAUGUUGGCGGACUCUGAAAUUCCUUCACUGUCGGGUUCUUUUUCCUGUUAGGCAUGCUUCGAAGUAGCUAAUUGAGCUUGAUGGUGAAAGAUAGCUUUUAAAUUAGAGAUGUUUCCUUGUUGACUAUCUACUUGGAGCAGCUGUUCUUGCUGUAGAGGGAUUUGGCUCAAAAUGGUUGAAUGCUUAUUUGGUGUAUUAUCAUUGACGCGUUGUCAUCUGCUUUUGGAGCAGCUGUGAUUUGGUUGAUCAUCGAACCUGCUUUAAUACAAAUUUAAAUCUAGCCCGUGACCAAGAUAUACGAUUGAGAAUGUAGUUAGCCCGGGACUGGGGAAGAUAAAAUGACUUGUGGCAAGACUCGGACCUGUUCACCUCUUCAUCAUCAGCCAUAUAUUCUUUUGGAUUAAUGUAUCA